UUCUCCUACUAUACCUUAAAAAAAACGAAAUAAACAAGGUUUGGUUAGUGUCUUCGUGAAGUGUGGAAUUGCAGGAGCUCUAAUCAGCAAUUCUCAACUGCAGUGAAGAUGUCAGUAGAGAUCAAACUCUCCCGAUCAAAUCGCAUGUUUCGCCCUGAUGAACUACUCGAAGGCAAAAUCAUCACAAAGCUCACAUCUUCUAUAUCCCAUUAUGGUAUUCGUCUCACUGUUAAUGGAUCAGUCAACCUUCAGGUUCGAGGAGGGUCAGCUGGAGUUAUUGAAUCUGUUGUUGGUGUACUAAAGCCCAUUACUAUUGGGAAGAAAAGUGUUGAAAUUAGACCUUCUGGGAAGAUAAGCUCAGGCAUUACUGAGAUACCUUUUUCUUUGACUUUAAAACAACCAGGGGAGAGCAAAUCAGAAAAAUUUUACGAGACGUUCCAUGGGGCAGAUAUAAGCAUCCAGUAUCUGCUAACUGUAGAUGUAGUACGUGGUUACCUGCACAAGUCAUUGUCAGCCACAUUAGAGUUUAUCAUUGAAAGUGAAAAAGCGGAACUUCAUGAGCUGCCUGUUUCGCCUGAGCUCGUGCUCUUCUAUAUCACGCAGGAUACGCAGAAGCACCCAUUGCUUUCUGAACUAAAAUCAGGUGGUUUCCGUGUAAGUGGCAGGAUUCCAACUCAAUGUUCAUUGUCAUGUGCCCUCAGAGGGGAGCUGACUGUAGAAGCAUCGGCAUUGCCAAUCCAGUCCAUUGAUAUCCACUUGUUACGUGUGGAAUCUAUUCUUGUUGGAGAUAGGAUUGUGUCAGAAACAUCUUUGGUUCAAACUACUCAGAUAGCAGAUGGAGAUGUCUGUCGAGGCCUGACUCUACCCAUAUAUGUCUUACUUCCACGACUUCUAACUUGUGCAACAGUCUUAGCUGGUUCAUUCUCAAUCGAGUUCAAGGUCUCCGUUGUCAUCAGCUUUCAGUCAGAGCUUAGCAAACUGCAACCUAAAUCUGAUCCUAGAACACCAAGACUUUGGCUUGCAAUGGAAACAUUGCCACUUGAACUAGUUCGAACCAGGUAAAGUCAUUGAGGUUAUGUAAUGCCUUCAUGAGUGACUUGGAACUCCACCUCUCUUUCCCUAAACGGAACGCUGUAGAUAAGAAAUCGGCAAACGCACAAGUUUCUCAUUGAUAGGUGCAUUUUGGUCUAGGUUAUCACUGUAUUGCAUCUAAUGCAGGUUUACUUAAGGUUGAAUUUUACUUUGUUUUUAUGUAAUGCAGGAAAGAAUGAUGGAUAUUUUUGAAGGGUUCUAAUUAAAAAUCAUGUUGCGUUUGUAUAUCAA